GAUCCACAUAACCCCACACUAUAAAUUUCUGCCCCCAAUUUUGAAAACUCAAAAAAUCGCCGAUUCUUUAAUCUCAAAAUGGAGGAAGAAGAAGAGGGAGGAAGAGGAGGAGGGAAGGUUAGGGUUUUGAUCGAGAAGGCGACGGAGUCAAUCGAACCAGAGGUCGACCCCCGCCUCCUCAAGGCCAUCAAGGCCGUCGUCCGCCGCUCCGAUUCCGAGCUCCGACUCGCCGCCCAUCUUCUCAUGGACCUCAUGAAGCGCGACCACUCUCAGGUGAGGUAUUUAACGCUGCUGAUAAUUGAUGAGCUUUUUAUGCGGUCGAAGCUGUUUAGAGGCCUUGUGGUUGAGAAUAUGGAUCAGUUGUUGACGUUAAGCGUCGGGUUUAGAAGGAAUUUGCCACUGCCAGCUCCGGCAAAUGUUGCGGCUACCCUGCGUUUGAAGGCGAUUGAGUUUUUGGAGAAGUGGAAUGCUUCGUAUGGUGUUCAUUAUAGGCAGAUUAGGUUAGGGUUUGAGUACCUUAAGAACACGCUUAAGUUUCAGUUCCCGAAUCUACAGGCAAAUGCGGCGCGGGUUCAGCAGGAGAGGAGGGAGAGGGAGAGGAAGUCGAAGGAGAUUUUGCUGAAGAAGUUUCAGAGUUUGGAGAGGAGUUUUGGAUCGAUAAAGGAAGAGAUACAGUCGACGGUUGAUGAGAUUGGGGAGUGUUUAGAAAUUGCACGUGCUAAAGAGGAACAUUCAAAGUUUAUUCCUUUAGAUGAUGAAGAUUUUGAAGAGAUUCAUUCUUAUGAGUUACGGCAGUUGCGUUUGCAAACGUUGGAAGAAGAAGAUAAAAUUCAUGAGAAUACUGAAAACAAAGUGGUUUUUGAUGCACUCAGGGAGCUUUACAAGCUUUUGUUAACAAAGCAUUUGGUUGCGGUCCAAGAAUGGAUAACUGUUCUUGUAAGGGUUGAACUGAAUGAUAACAGGUCCAGAGAUUCCUAUUUGAAGGAGUUCAUUGAUAUCCGGAAUCAUAUUCAGUCAGUCAAGAAGAAGUGUGAAGAAUCAGGUUGCACUCUUCUAAACGCUACAAAUCCUGAUGAAGAAGAUUUUUGGGAGGAAGGCAAUAUCGGAUCAGUUGAGACUGGGAGUUCUAGUCGUCCCAGUAACAACAUUGAAGAUCUUGCUGGGACAUCCACAUGCACAUCUACAUCUACAUCCAAUGAGGUAAAAGAGAGAAUUUCUAAAGCACAUGGUAAUGUGACAAACAGCAAAAAAACUCGCAGUCGUGAAGGUGGUGUAGCCAAGUUAGAUCCUCUGAAGAGUAAGCUUUUGGCUGAAGCUCCAGAGGUGAACUGGGGCUCUUAUUUGGAUAACUGGGGUUCAAAGAGAGAUGUAUUGGCUAACCACCGGGGUUUGGAGCUUGAAAGUCAUUGGGGCAGAGUAGAUCAGGAUGCAGUUAUCCCAGCAGAUAAGAUUGCAGAGUUAAAUCUUCAGGCUACUGUAUACAAAGAAAAGCAAGUUGAUAUUCCACCAUGCCGAGCUCCAUUAAGUAAUGGAAAACUUUGUCAGAGAAAAGACUUGAGAGUUUGUCCAUUUCAUGGACCUAUUAUUCCCAGAGAUGAUGAGGGGAAGCCUCUGAAUCAGAACCCUUCUAUAGAUGAGACAACUCUGGAUACAGGGGCCACAGGGGACAAUCUAGUAGAGCAGUUGGCGAAACAAGCCGUGAAGAAUGUUCGUGAGAAAGAUAAAGAGUUAACAAGGAAGAGAGAAAUUGAUAAACAGGCACUGAAGCGUGCAAAGCUUGCGAAAGUACGAGAACACAAUGAUUUGGUUUUACGUGAUGCUGCUAUGGCUUCGACUUCUAGAUCUGCAGCUAUCGGAGAAGAUUUGGAGGCAAACCCAUCAUCCAGAAACAAAAAGAAAACCCUUGCAGCCAUGCUGAAGAAGAAAGAAACACCAAAAGAUAGAUUAGCUCAGAGGCUUUUAAACACACGAGCGAGUGCUGCCACUGUAAGACAGCUUACCUUGGGGGCGGAUACUAAUUACAGAGAAGCCUUCCCGAAUCAGUGGUGACUUCUCUUACUUGAGGUCACCCUUGUGUCUUUACUGAUCGUUUGUUUUACUUGUAAAUUGUCUUUGUUUAGUUUUUAGCAACUACGGAGACGUCUUUUUGCAGAUUCUGUAAUAUAUGUUACUUUUGUGAUUCGAAUUCUUUAGGAAAUUAUGCAAAUAAGGGAAGUUGAUGAAUAAAAGUUGGAGUUUAGAUAGCUGA